UUGCUAUAAAUUAGCAAUUUUUUAGCAGUGUAAACAUAGUACUUUCGUUGAACCCAACUAAGUAACAUCUAAACUAAACAUAAAAAUGGAUUUUGCCACCGCCUCCGAAAAAGCCAAGUCUUUCACCAAGAAUCCUCCAAAUGAGGUCUUCUUGGAAUUCUAUGGUCUCUAUAAACAAGCCACUGCUGGUGAUUGCAAUAUCCAAAAGCCCAGUGCUGUUGAUGUUAAGGGUUCCGCCAAAUGGACCGCCUGGAAUGCCAACAAGGGCAUGAGCCAAGAUGCUGCUAAGGCUGCUUAUGUUGCUGCCUAUGAGAAAUAUGCUCCUCAAUAUGCUUAAGGCGAUGUAUAGCUUGAAAGUUCUAGUCAAAUUUGGUCUCUAUCCAUCCAUUUCCCCUUUUUUUAUUGUGAAAUAAAUUGUUGUUUUAUUAUUUAAUAAAUUAA